AACCAAAAGAAGAAUAUAAAACACAUCUUUCUUCUUCCUCUAUUUCUUUGCCUAUUUUCCCUUCUCUCUCUCAUUUCAUUUUGGAAUUUUUUAGUUUGCAAUUUUCUUUUUUUUUUUUUUUUUUAAUUCCAGUCUCUUCUAAAAGCUAUAUAUAUAUUUGUUUUUUUUUUUUUCCUAAUUAAUUAUCAAUCAUGUCAAGCUGCAUCAACAGUGCUCAAGAACAACUCUGCUAUAUCCCCUGCAAUUUUUGCAAUAUUGUUCUAGCGGUGAGUGUUCCAUGCAGCAAUCUCUUUGACAUCGUGACCGUCCGAUGUGGUCACUGUAGCAAUCUCUGGUCUGUGAACAUGGCUGCUGCUUUCCAAUCUCUCUCAUGGCAAAAUUCUCAGGCAUCAAACCAUAGCCACAGUGGCAGUGGAGCUGAUCAUUACAGAGUUGAAUUGGGAUCAUCAUCAAAAUGCAACAACAAGAUGAAAAUGAGAGCACCAAUUAAAAACUCUACAAAUGAUCAUGAUCAAAGGAUCAUUAAUCGACCUCCCGAGAAGAGGCAGAGAGUACCUUCUGCAUAUAAUCAGUUUAUAAAAGAGGAAAUCCAGAGGAUCAAAGCAACUAAUCCAGAUAUUACCCACAGGGAAGCAUUCAGUACUGCUGCUAAAAAUUGGGCACAUUUCCCACAUAUUCAUUUUGGCCUCAUGCUGGAUACCAACAAUCUGCAGACUAAGAAUGAUGCGAGUAAUAUGGGAUCUGAGAAGCAUCUGAUGUCAGUGCCAGGGCUGCACUAUUGAUUGAAGAAAUGAUUAUGAUAAUCUUGAAGGAAGAAUUAUGAUCACUUGAAAUUUGGGUAUUUUCAAGGGGUCAAAAUUAACAGCCCAUGCAUAUGUUUCCUUAUUUCCUUUCUAUGUUUUAUUUGCAAUUAGUUUAUUGAUUGUUAGGGGAAAUGUUUGCCUUCUUUAAUUAUGAACUGAAUUUCUCUUCCCUUUAUAAUGUGUCUGAUUUAAUAAUAUGUAUGUAUCCCCAUUUUACUAUGAAAGUAAGUUUAAUUAAUAA